UCUCUUCACACCUUCCAGUUUCCUACUCUUCUCUCUGUUUUAAUAUUUCCUUGCUUCAAGAAAUGAACUUCAGUCUAGUGUCAUACAUUCUACUACUAUUAACUACCACUUUGACGGCGGUUAAUGCCCGUAUUCCCGGAGUCUACACCGGCGGCCAAUGGGAGUCCGCACACGCCACUUUCUACGGUGGUAGUGAUGCCUCGGGUACCAUGGGAGGAGCAUGUGGAUAUGGUAAUCUAUAUAGCCAAGGCUAUGGAGUUAACACCGCAGCACUAAGUACUGCGUUGUUUAACAACGGACUUAGCUGCGGUGCUUGUUUUGAAAUGAAGUGUACGGAUGACCCUCAAUGGUGUCAUCCAGGCAGCCCUUCAAUUUUCAUCACAGCAACUAAUUUUUGCCCACCGAAUUUCGCUCAACCAAGUGACAAUGGCGGGUGGUGUAAUCCCCCUCGACCUCAUUUCGAUCUUGCAAUGCCUAUGUUUCUCAAGAUUGCCGAGUAUCGUGCUGGUAUUGUUCCAGUUAGUUACCGCAGGGUGCCAUGCCGUAAACAAGGAGGGAUAAGGUUCACCAUAAAUGGUUUUCGCUACUUCAACUUGAUUUUGAUAAGCAAUGUUGCGGGUGCUGGUGAUAUUACACGGGCAUGGGUCAAAGGUACAAACACCGAAUGGAUGAGUCUUAGCCGAAAUUGGGGACAAAAUUGGCAAUCGAAUGCGGUAUUGAUUGGGCAAUCACUUUCGUUUAGAGUUACUGGCAGUGAUGGUCGCACUUCUACCUCGAAGAACUUAGUACCUUCGAAUUGGCAAUUUGGACAAACUUUUGCCGGGAAGAAUUUCCGGGUUUGAACAUUGAUGCGGGUUAAGAUCCGAAUUGGUUGGUGGGUUAAAGUUAUAUCUAUUUUUAUGUUGGGAAAAAGAACCUUUUUAUAUUAGAAGGAAAAUAGUGAAAAAUAGGAGAGUGCUUUUUGUUGACACUUUUUACUAUUAUGAAGUGCUUUAUCCUUGCAAGGAAAGCUGAAGUGGCUAUGCCUCAUUGUAGGGGCCCGCAGCUUUAAACUAAAUUUCUUUAUAUAAUAUACAAAUUAUAUAUACUUCAUUGGUGUUUAUACAUAAAAGUAUGUUAAUUUGUACCUGUAAAACGUUGAUAAUAGUCAAUCGACAAUGUGGAACAGCUUAAGGAUGUU